AUGUCAAACUCAGCGCCGCCGGACGAGUCGGUGAGAAUCGCCACCGCGAUCUCUCUUCUCCGAUCAAAGCUUCUCCAAAAGCACACUUCUCCUUCUCAAAACCCCGACGCUCUCCGAUGGAAGCGAAAGGCCAAGGAGCGGAAGCAAGAGCUCUUGAGACUCCGGCAAGAUCUGAAAGAAGCCGAAGAUUCUUCGCAGUGCGACUUGUUUCCGCAAAGCGCAUCCUGCAAGUGCUAUUUCUUUGAUAAUUUGGGGAAACUGAGCCCUAAUCGGCUGCCGGAGGCUUCUCAGUGCAGAUUCAAUGACGUUUUGCGACGCCGUUUUCUCAGACACGUGCGUUUCAAGGAAAGGAGAAGGAGAACCACCGGUUCUUAUUCGCAGCGGUACCGAUUCUCAGACAUGAACAGUGAAGAUGAAAUGGAGCUGCUUAGAGCCUCGGUCGACUUUCUAGUGGAGCUUUGCGAAACCAGUUCUGCGGUGGAGGAGGCUAGCUUUUUGAAUUGGUCACACCAAGCUGUAGAUUUUAUUUUAGCUUCAUUGAAGAAUCUGUUAUCAACUGCAAAGAAUAUAGACCUGAUAGAAGGAAUUGUCAGCAGCUUAAUCACACGUAUGAUUACAAGGAUGUGUUGCCCCUUGCAAGGAAAUGCAGCAAAACAAUCCAACUCUGACGGGCAGUUCUUCGUCCAGCACUUGAUCCGAAAACUUGGUACUGAUCCUUACGUUGGCCAACGUGCACUUUUUGCAGUUUCUCAGAGAGUCUCCGUUCUGGCAGAGAAUUUCCUUUUCUCAGAUCCAUUUGAUGAUGCUUUUACAAACAUGCAUCAAUGCAUGUUCAUACUGAUCCAGCUUAUUGAGUUUUUGGUGUCUGAUUACUUAUCAGUAUGGUCAAAGGAUGAAGGUUUUGACAUUGUGCUCUUCGAGGAGUGGGUGGCAUCAGUUCUUCACGCUCGUAAAGCAUUGGAACUUUUGGAAAGCAGAAAUGGGCUAUAUGCGUUAUACAUGGAUCGAGUCAUAGGUGAACUGGCCAAACAAGUGAGCCUUACCAUGUCACUGCAGAAGAUCAAACGUGAAAUACUAGAUAAGCUAUUCGACUGACCAAAUCAUUACAUUUUAUAUUAAGAUCUCCGAAGGUCACCCACUUCUUUUAAUUUAGCUUACUUGUACACUUGGAUUUAUCUAACCCAUCAGAAAGAGUACGGGCAAAGGUCUAGAAAUAAUGGCGUCUAUCACAUAAAAUCUGUUUCUGUGCCAUUCAAAGAAGAUAAGAGCUUAGUCGGCCGGUGUCUCCAAUAUUUUAAACUCUUCCUUUCUUGUGUGAGAUUCGUCGGCUAGCUAUAUUUUGAUUUCUUCAGGUAUAGACCAAUUGAGGCAUGGG